AUGGUCCAACUAAAUAACUUUUUCUUUUUCAUUACUUCCAUGGUCGUGCCUCGUGGCACGGCAGCACCCGUACUAUUGAAAUGGUUUGUCAGUAGAGAUGUUCCCACAGGUGCCCCUUCUUCCAAUGGUACUAUAAUUCCUAUUCCUAUCUCUUUAUUCCCUCUUUUGGUCUAUCUACAUUCCAGGAAAUUCAUACGCUCUCUGGACGGAGCAAAAAGUGGAGUCUUGGUCAGAGCAAGCCGCCCUAUUCUAUUACCAGACAUAAUUGGGAGAAGCUCAUCCGAAACUCGAGCUAGAAACGCCUCAUUUCGUUUCGUUCCCCUUCUUCAUUUCCUUCUUCUUUCAUCCAAGGGAGACUUCUCAUAUUUUUCAUCUUUCUGCGGUGUGCUCUGUUUACUAUUCUUUCGUACUCUCUUCUCUUUACCACGCCAUAGUUCAGCGAAGCGUGAGCGGGCGCGGAGAAGUAAAGGCCAAACACUCAGGCCUAACGGGAAUGAGCAAGGAUGCAAUGAGAAGAUGAGGUGCUCCGGGCACCCCCAUUUAGAAAGAAGGUUCGAAGGUUUUGGGCCUGUAGCUUUCGUCCGUCCUUCGUCGGGUGGUACUUGUGUGUGGGGUGUGCUACCAGAAAUCGGGCUUGAAGCUCUCGCCUUACCAACGAGCCGGCAGCUGAUGGCUGUUGGUCACGACUACUACCAAAAAGCUCCAAUGAAGAUGAAUAUUUCACAUGGAGGAGUGUGCAUCUUUAUCUUGGGUGUUCUUCUGUCUAACACAAAGAAGAUAGAGUUCACUCAACGAUUGCCUUUGGGUUCCGAACUCCAUAUGGGGAAGGAGCGUUGUUGUUUGCGAGGUAUCGACCAUUUACAUGGACCUACUUCUCAUUCCAUUUGUGGGAAUUUGCUGAUCUAUAAACCGUCCCUAACGAACGAUCGGCUCAUCUUUGAGCAUGAUAAAGAACUUCGUGCCGACCAGUUGCCAAUAAACUUUCCGGCCUCAUAUGAGAAUGGAAAACAGGAGCAUUUUCUACAUCAGUGGAUGACGAAUCGCGAACAUCAGAAUUUCUGGUUGACCAUGUUCCCAGAAAAAAGAUACUUUCGAGAAAGGACGAGCACGACUGAAGUAGCUAUACAUACUAAUCCAUUUACAGAUCUAUAUGCUUCGAUUGGAACUGGAAGUUCCAGAACAGGCGGCUGGUAUACCACCAUAAUGAAACUGCCUUUUCUUUUUUUGAUUCGGAUAGGAUUUCUGUUGGCUUCGUUGGGAGGCUCGCGUAGUUUGUUACGUCAGCUACAAAAGGAUAAGUUGCGUUGGAAUUGA